AUGUCCGAUGAGGACAUCGCUGUUACGAAAUUCCGUGAAUAUCUACGAAUAAACACUGAGCAGCCUUCUCCGGAUUAUGGUGGUUGCCGUAAAUUUCUCAUUCGUCUCGCUGAUGAAAUUGGAAUUCAAAGCAAAAUCGUAGAGGCUGUUCCCGGCAAACCUUUUGUGAUAAUGACAAUUCCUGGAUUAAAACCAGCCUUGUCUUCGAUUGUGCUGUACUCUCACACUGACGUGGUUCCUACUUUUAAGGACAAAUGGAUGCAUGACCCAUAUUCAGCUCAUAAGGACGAGCAAGGCAGGAUUUAUGCUCGUGGCGCGCAAGACAUGAAGUGUGUUGGUUCGCAAUAUUUCGAAGCAGUACGAAGACACUUUCUACGCGGUAAAAAACAGUGGUUGAGGACCAUUCAUAUUGUCUGGGGUCCAGAUGAAGAGAUCGGAGGUGUGGACGGCAUGAAGAAGUUCGUGCAAAUGCCUGAGUUUCGUGAACUCAACCUGGGCUUCAUGCUCGACGAAGGUCUGGCCAGUGAAACAUCAACAUACAAGGUGUACUAUGGAGAGCGUAAUCCGUGGUGGGUGGAAAUCACAUGUAGCGGUUCACCAGGACACGGUUCAAAGUUCAUUGAAAACACUGCUGUAGAGAAACUGCAAUCCGUUGUCAACAGUGUCUUGUCGUUCCGUGAACAACAACGAUCCAUGCUAAGAACGGAUUCGUCGAAACGGCUCGGUGAUGUCACGACAGUGAAUAUCACAAAAAUCAAUGGUGGUGUACAAGUGAACGUAUUGCCGGAGCAGUUUAUCAUGUCACUCGACAUACGUGUAACUCCAACUAUUAAUUUCUCUGAAAUGGAAGCGAUUAUUGCUGGUUGGUGCAAGAAUGCUGGUCCAGGUGUUACGUUUAAAUAUAAAUCGGAGAUUAAUGCAGUAACGCCGACGACAAACGAUGAUCCAUUCUGGUCUGCGUUUGAGAGGUCCCUUCAGAAAGAGAAGUGCGACUUUGACAAGGAGAUCUUUAGUGGCGCUACUGAUUCACGAUUUGUUCGUGAGUUGGGCUAUCGAUCAAUAGGAUUCUCGCCGAUAAUCGAUACACCUUCACUUCUGCAUGAUCACAACGAAUUUCUGAAUGAAUCAGUGUUUUUGCGAGGUGUUAAAAUAUAUGAAACGCUAAUCGAUAAUCUGGCAAACGUAGAAUGUCCUUGA